AUGGAUUGGGGCUUUCAAUGGCAAGAUAUCGAGAUACUAGCGUCAAAGGCAAAAGCGUACGAAGAGAGGCUCCGACAAGCAUUGCUCGCUUUCAGCACAGGAUCACAUGACGAGACAGCCGCUCUCUCUACUCACACAGCACCAGAGUUUGCGACUGAGGUCCCGACUAACUCUCAAGAUCUCGAUCGAUACUUUGAGGACUCUAUCCGGCGCAUGGAUGACACACCGAAAUGGUCGUGUCAAGCGCUGCCAGACGAACUGCAGCUUCUCAUAGAGAAAACACUAGAGAGAACAAGUGAAGAUGGCGAGGCUGUAUCCAAUACGUUCUCGCCACCCAUGUCUUUAGCAUCUACACUGUCGUUCCGCCCACUCAUCACCGCACAAGCGAAACUAGUCAACGCAGCCACGAUCCGUUUGUUCUUUCGGUCACAUCAGCUGCGACUUCACCUAUCUCUGCAGCGGCAGUACCACCUUCUAGGUGAUGGUGUCUUCUCAUCCCUACUAGCAACCGCCCUAUUUGACCCCGACCGCGAGAGUGCCGAGCGUCACAAAGGAAAGAUGCGCAGUGGAGUACACAUGGGGUUGCAACUAGGGUCCCGAACUUCAUGGCCACCAGCGAGUUCGGAGCUUCGAUUGGCAUUGCGAGGCGUUCUCAGCGAGAGCUACUAUUCCUCGACGCUGUACCAGUCAACACAGGGCGAUGAGGCUGUAGCUGCGCCUACCGCGCUUCUCAACAACAGGGAUAACGAUGAGCUUCCCGGACAGCUCAACUUCGCUAUUCGCAACCUCACCGAGGCGGAACAAGAAAAGGUCAUGGACCCUGAUGCAUUACAUGCUCUCGACUUCCUGCGGUUACAGUACGUAGCGCCAGCCCCGCUAAAUCUAGUGAUCACGAGUACCUCUCUAGACAAGUACGACUACAUUUUCAAGUUCCUGCUGCGGCUUCUGCGCAUGCUGUUCGUCGUCUCGCAUCUACCACGCGAGUAUGCAGAUAGCAACGCUCGUUACUUCAGGACCGAGGCGUAUCACUUCGUGAUAACGCUCACCAACUACGUCUUCCAGACCGGCAUUGCAGAGCCGUGGGACGACUUUGAUACCUUGGUUCGGACGGUCGAGACCAGGUUAAAUGAGGAAGACGCAGCCGGCGAGCUCGGAGUGCGUGUCACGGAAGGUGUUGCAUCUCUGCGCGAUUCGCACGAGAGAUGCCUGGACAGCAUCUUGUUUGCACUCUUACUCCGGAAACGACAGCGCAAGAUCAUGGUCCUUGUAGAAGAAAUAUUCGACCACAUCCUUCUCUUCGCCAAGAUGCAGAAUGCCAACACACAACAGACGGAAGAAAGUGUGAAAGGUCUUUACGCGAAACUCAGAGGAAAAGUACGGGUGUUCUUGAGUGUGUGCCGAGGCCUGACAGGCAAACAGGGCUACGGCAAAGGAAGAGGCACUGCAGAAGAGAAUCAAAUGGAGCGGCUGGUAGUCGCAAUGGAAAUGAACGGCUACUUCGCUUGA